AUGAAGUAUAUUCCUUUGUGUAUAUGGGGUUUUGGGUUGCAAUGUGGCCACUUGAAGCAUGUUGGUCCUGGAGUUUUGAGCAUGGCAAAUGCUGGUCCUAAUACCAAUGGUAGCCAGUUUUUUAUUUCCACAGUUAAGAAUCUCACUAAGGACCAAGUCGCUAAGAAAGUUGUAAACUUUGCAUUUGCUGGUGCAACUGCACUUGAUGUCGAAUAUGCAACUUCCCAAUGGGAUGUAAUGGGAUGUAAUGCUCUCAUUUUGACGGUGGUGAAUAGUAGUACUAAGAAGGAGGACUAUGAUCAAUUUGAGUGUUUGAUAACUCACAAUACUUUGAUCGAGUAUUUUAAUGAGCAACUUAAACAUGUUAUAGAGACACUAAGGAAGAAGUUCCUUCAAGCUAACAUAAUGUAUUUUGACUACUACAAUGAUGUCAAACGUUUAUUUCAAGCACCAGAACAAUAUGGUGUAUGUUGUAUUCCUAUUAUCUUAAUAGGUGGUGGUGGUAAGCCAAUAGUUUGUCGUGACCUUUCAAAACACAUAAAUUGGGAUGGAGCCCACUUCACGGAAGCCGCACAUAAGCUAAUAGCAAAGGGAUUAGUUGAAGGUCCAUUUGUAGACCCUCCUCUUAAAUCCUCUCAUUUCAGGAUAAAUUAAAAUUGAUACCAUUGGAAAAACUUAGUUAUGAUCAAUACAAAAUAAGAUUAGUCUUAAUCUCUAUGAGAAUAAAUCUGAAAAUUUCUCCUAUAAAUGGAAUACAAUAUAUAGCAAGAAGAAGUUUUUAAUUUGUUCUUUACAUGGUAGUAUUAGCUACAUUAUUCCCAAGGUUGUCAUUGCAUAAACUAUUGUCAUGCAAAGAGUUAAUUUUCUCUUUGAGUUUAUUUUAUAUCACUAGAAACCGUGUAAUUUGCUCAUUUAUAGAAAGUAAAAGUAAAUGAAAAAACUAUUCAAAACUUUAGCAUAAGACUGUGAUUAAAUGAUAGACAUGAUAAGCCAAUAGCAAUACUAAUUAGAGAAGUCAUCAAAUGACAAAUGAUUCAAUAACUACAAAAUUUGUAUCUUGAUCAAUUGAAUUCGGUUUUGAUUCAUCUAAGUCGUGCUUGUGGGUUGUUCUACAAAAUUUGCACCAAUGUUGAGUCUAAUGAAAAACAGAGAAGUGAUAAUGAUACGCACUUUUUCCUUGCCUAAUGAAGAUUAUUUACCAUC